GUUUGAUUUAUUGCAUUAAUUUGGAAAGUCGUCUGUCAUUUGAAAUUCAAAUUACGAACAGCAAGUUAUGACCUUUUCUUUCUGAAGCAGUUGUAAGUUGUAUGUGCAAAAGUAAUAUUCAAAUUUUAAAAGUAUUCUUUACGUUGCUUGGAAAUCCUUUAAGAAGAAACGGCGAGUAUACUCCUGUACAAAAACAUCUACCUAACUUCCAUACAACAACUAUAAAAAUUAAGAAAAACCAAUCUGAAACUGUUAAAAUUAAUAUGGAGGAAGUUACAGCAGACACUGAUUUGCCAUAUCAGUUUAAGGCAGAAGAUUUAAUAGCAGAAGGAAGAGUAUCUAAAGAAAAUGUUGAGGAAAUACGAACCUUUGUAUCAAAUUUAAAAGACAAAUAUGUCCCUUUGAGGAUACAGGACGAAAUGAUAAUUAUAUUUUUAUUAUCAUGUGAAAACGACGUAGAACUCACCAAAACAACAAUUGUAAAUUACUAUUACCUCAAGUGGCAUGGUCCUGAGAUAUACGAUGACAGACAGAUGGAUAGGCCUGAUAUACAAUUAGCAAUCAAGACUAUACGGAUGUCAAGUAUACCAGUCCGAACAGAAGAAAACGACGUGUACCACUAUUUUAAUUUACAUGAUUCCAAUUACAGAAAUUUUGAAAUGAUACCUGUAAUGAAGGUAUCAUAUAUGCUAAUGGAUAUCGCCCAAGAAAAAAAUCCUCCAAGUGGUCUUUUUGUAAUUAUAGAUAUGAAAGGAGCUGGUAUAAUGCAUAUGACGAGAAUAAAAAUGGGAGCAAUAAAGAAGUAUCUUCAAUUUCUACAGGAAGGAUUUCCAAUGAGACUUAAGAUGAUUCAUAUUCUUAACGGAGUCUACUUUAUGGAUAAAAUUUUAGCUCUUGUACAGGUGUUUAUAAAAAGUGAAAUGAUGCACAUGCUUAAAAUUCAUCCACCCAAUUUAACACAAGAAAAGCUCUUUGAGAUAAUACCAAAGAAAUAUUUGCCGAAGGAUUAUGGAGGCGAUCUUCCUUCUGCAGAUGAACUUCAUAAUGCGACGAUAGAGCUGUUUAAUAAAAAAGAGAAGUUUUGGGAAAUGGAAGAAAAGAUACGAAAAAUUUCAUAUAAGGGAUAAAAAAAACUGUGUAAAUAAAUAUGCAUAAACAUUAUUUUUGAUUACUUAUGUAUAAAUCAGAAUUUCCCAACGUAUUAUUGUACUUAUGCUUUACGAUAUUUAUAAAAGCUGUUAAAACUA